AAGUGCCAUUUCAAAGUAACGCAAUGGCAACAAAAUUCGCUAUUUGUUUAUUAGUCCUAAGUGGCGCUUACGCCAAACAGUUAAACUUCGAUGAGGAUUUCUUCCCGGUCGCGAACGAGAAGCCAGAAUCCGAAUCGGAAGACGUGGAACCACCGUCAUGGUUCCAGGAAUUGUCGAACCCGGUUCAGGAGCCCGUACAGGAGGAACAUGUAGAGCCUGCAGAGGAACCAGCACCGCCCCAGCCAGCAUAUGAGGAUACCAAUAUCUUCCACAAGCCAGCCGAAAAACAAGAACCCGAUUUUUUCCACCGACCGGCAGAGAAACCACAAAAUAAUUACUUUGCCCCCGAAAAGGACGAUUAUUACCAGAAGCCAGCAGAAAACCCAUACAACAACUACUUUGGAUCAUUCGAUCACGGGAAUUAUCACCACAAGCCAGUGGAAAGACCGCAAAAUAAUUUUUUCGAAAAACCUUCCUGGUUUGAUCAACCUGCACCCCCGAAAAGGCCUCAAUAUCAGCCUCAGCAUUAUCAAAGCGACCGCUCAAAGCCUAAGCGAGCUGAAUCCUGCAACUUAGCUAAAUGCCAACCGCCAAAAUGCCGCUGUUCCGAUGUUUAUCUAUCGCGAGACAUUGAUGAAAAGGACGUUCCACAGCUUGUGGUCGUGACAUUCGAUGACGCAGUUACCGCCCUGAAUUACAACUACAUCAAAGAAUCCAUGACCGGACUUAGAAACCCCGACGGAUGUCCAAUCCAAGGAACUUUCUUCGUAUCACACGAAUACACAGAUUACACAAAGGUCCACCAGUUGUGGUCUCAAGGACACGAAAUUGCUCUUCACUCCAUUACCCACAGCCCCUACACUAAAUACUGGAGAAAUGCAACUGUUGAAACUCUGGUGAAAGAAUUCGGUGGUCAACGUCAACUGAUGGCUCAUUUCGCCAAUAUUGAUAUCAACGAUAUAACUGGAAUGCGAGUUCCCCUGUUCGAAUUGCCCGGAAACAAUUCAUUCUUGGCCAUGAAGCAAAUUGGCCUGACUUACGAUAGUUCGUGGCCCACUCAACACUUCGUAUCACCUGGUCUAUGGCCAUAUUCUCUGGAUUACGGAUCUGUUCAGGACUGUCCCAUUGGAACAUGCCCAACGGCAUCAAUUCCAAACGUAUGGGUUAAUCCAAUUUUGUCGUGGGAAGAUACAGAAGGAAAUCGCUGCUCAAUGAUUGAUGCUUGCCCAUAUCCUCCAGAGGAUGAUGUCGAAACCAUUUUCAACUGGAUGGUUGGUAAUUUCAACAAAACCUUCUUCUCUAAUCGUGCUCCGUUUGGUGUUUAUUUGCACUCGUCAUGGUUCCUGAAAGGAGACCAUCAUUUUGAAGCUUUCAAAAGAUUCCUGAGAUACCUCAACCAAAAUCCCGAUGUCUACAUUGUGUCGAGUGCCCGUGUCCUGGAGUUUGUUCGCAAUCCCAAAAUUGGAAGACCUUUCGACAAUUGCCAACCCAUUCGUGAGCCAACAUGCAAAGAGCGCUUCUGCCGCCUCAUGAAAGUCGACACCAAAACCGAACGCUGGAUGAAAUCAUGCAUGCCAUGCCCGGCUGUGUAUCCCUGGAUCGGAAAUCCUUUCGGCAAACCAAUAAGACAACUAAAUGAUCAUUAGAAGAGACACAAACUUUCCACACUUUGUUUAGAGAGUCCGCAACGUGGCAGGAUGUUCUCCCAAAUUGUCAUUUUGUGCGUCUAGACAAAACAAUUAAAGAUGUUGUAAACAGAAAUGGAACCCGUGUACAUAUUAAACUAAAAAAAAAAAGGCA